AUGUCGCAAUAUGCUAGUUCCUCUUCGUGGACUUCGUUUCUGAAGUCAAUUGCAUCCUUUAAUGGUGAUUUAUCCUCGCUAUCAGCCCCUCCUUUCAUUCUAUCACCAACAUCGUUAUCAGAGUUUUCUCAGUAUUGGGCAGAACAUCCGGAUUUGUUUUUGGAGCCUGCUUUAGUUCACGAACAGAACAUAAAUGACAAGGUUGGACAACAUCACGAAAAUUUUGAAUCUUCAGACGCAAAAUGUGAAUCUUUAGACGAAGAAAGUGAAUCUUUAGAAAUGGCUCGUAUGCUAGCUGUUGUGAAGUGGUUCAUUUCAACUCUAAAAUCUCAAUACUGUUCUCGUAAUGAAUCCAUGGGUACUGAAAAGAAACCCUUAAAUCCAUUCCUUGGUGAAGUAUUCGUAGGUAAAUGGGAAAACAAAGAGCAUCCUGAAUUUGGUGAAACCGUAUUGUUAAGUGAACAGGUUUCACAUCAUCCACCAAUCACAGCUUAUACGAUUUUCAAUGACAAAAAUAAGGUCAAAAUGCAAGGUUAUAAUCAGAUCAAAUCUUCGUUUUCGAAAUCCUUAACGUUAAGCGUCAAACAAUAUGGUCAUGCUCUUUUGGAGCUAGCCGACGAGUCGUAUCUGAUUACUCUACCCCCCUUACAUAUCGAAGGUAUCCUGGUGGCCUCUCCUUUCGUUGAACUAGAAGGAAAAUCAUUUAUUCAAUCCUCUUCAGGUUUACUUUGUACUUUGGAAUAUUCUGGUAGAGGUUACUUCUCCGGUAAAAAGAAUAGUUUCAAGGCAAGGAUCUAUAAAGAAACUAAAGAUGCAAAAGUUAAGGAAAAUGCAAUCUACACUAUAUCUGGUCAGUGGUCGGGAACUUCUAAGAUUACGAAAAAAGAUCAGUCCACUUCGAAAACAUUCUAUGAUGCAACAAGAACACCUGCUGAACACUUGAAAGUUAAACCAAUAGAAGAACAACACCUCUUGGAAAGUAGAAAAGCUUGGAAAGAUGUUGCAGAUGCAAUUAAAUUAGGAGACUUCAACCUGAUUACGCAAAGAAAAACAGAACUUGAAGAAAAGCAAAGAGUUUUAAGGAAAGAUGAAGAGGCAAAAGGUGUUAGCUGGCAAAGAAGAUGGUUCAAGGACGUUGAUUAUUCGCCAAAUCCACAAAAUGCCGUUUACACACCUGAAUCUGAUGAUAUUUUCUCAAAAUUGACGGCUUUUGCGCAUUUAUCAACUAAAAAUGUUCCAAGUGGUACUUUAAUCGAUGACAAGGACAAUAAAAAAGAUGUUUCAAGCUUACAUUGGAGAUUCCAAAGGAUGUUGUGGGAUAACGAAAAGGAAAUAGUCUUAUGA